AUGACAGUUGAAAAUACCGAGGCUACACCUCUUCUUGAAAAUGAAGAUGAGAACUGUCAAUACGAAGAAUUGAGUCAUACAAAGUCCCCAUUGUAUAGGUAUAGCAUGUAUGCUAUUAGCGCAAUAAUUGGAAUACCAAUCUUAUACUUUUUUCUAGUUUUUCUACCAAAUGAGGCGCCAGAUAGUGAAAAUAUCUACGAUUUGGCAGUUGCAUCCAAACCAAAGGUGUAUUUGCAUCCGGUUAUCCGGCCAUCCAAAGUUAAGGCUGAGUCAGAAUUUGCAUCUGAGUAUGGGGAGGAAUUAAACGGGGAUGUGGAGUUUUUGAAAGAUCCAGAUAGCCCCUUAAAAAAGAUCCCAAACAUUCCAAAAUGGGAGUAUCUCAGUUCGCAAUCGGAGCUAUUCAAAAGCCACUUGGAGCAAUUGAAGGAAAAGGAAUUUGAUGGAUCAGAGAGACCAGUGAAAAGACUCAUUUUGGUAGGUGACAUUCACGGAUCGUUUAAGCCGUUGAUGAGACUACUCAAAAGAGUUAAAUACAAUGCUAAGUAUGACGAGGUGUUGAUGCUAGGUGAUUUUCUUGCAAAAGGAAAGCACUCAACCGAGGUUCUGGACUGGGCGGUUAAAAAUCAGAUUGGCUGUGUUCUUGGAAACCACGAGAUUGAAAUUUUAAAGCGGUAUGCACAGUUUCAUGGACUUCCAAAGCUCACAUUCGUUGGCAGGCACGGACGUGAAAUGAAUGAAACUAUGAAAAGUGAAAUAGACAUUAAAGAGACUUAUGAUUUGGACGAUCUUAUGCGAAUAGCUAAACACCUAACACCGAAACAAAUUGAGUAUUUGAGGGAGUGCCCACUAAUCAGGGAGUUAGGACCCGUUCCUCAUCUCACAAACAGGAAGCAGACUCGUUAUUUCGAUUAUCCUGCUGAAGGGUUUGCUGUUCACGCUGGCUUGAUGUGGAAUGUGAAAAAUGCACAUGAGCAAAACCCAGUCUAUGUUACCACAAUGAGGAAUUUACUACCACCAAACUGGACCGAGGCCACGGAAAACAAACACGAUCAGGUUGAUGGUGUGAAGUCCGAACCUUGGACAAAGCACUGGAAUAUAUUUCAAGAUCUUCAAGUACGGAAACAGCUGGAAAAUAAGACUGAGAGUACAUUUAUGCUGGGAAAAAAGGUUUAUUAUGGCCAUGAUGCCGGACGUGGUCUUCGGUUUAAGCCAUAUUCGACAGGACUAGACAGUGGCUGUGUAUAUGGUGUGGCUUUAAGCUCUGAAAUUCUCUGGGCUGAAGUUGAACAGAGUGCAAAGAGUGAGGAUUCUAAAGUUGUGUACAAGCACCAAUUUGUGCAGGUGAGCUGCUAA